AACCGGUCGGACCUCGAUCAGACCAUUAAACCCCAAACCCCUUGCUUGACCUACUCAAUGACUUAAACCGGUUUGACAACCUUGUAGAAUUGUCAUAUCAUGUUAUUAUCUUACUGAUAUAAUGCCAUCAAACUAUGAGAGUUUCAUCAUAUUUCUUUGGUAAAAUAUAAGACUUUAUACUAUUAACAAAUAUGACACCCACAUAAUAACAAUAUGGUAAUACUCCAUAUUAUCAUCUAAGGCCGGAGCCAGGAUUUUAGUGUAGGGGAGGGCCGAGAAUAAAAAAAAUUUACAAUGUACCAGUAUAAUGUAAAUAAAAAGAUCUAUAAUAAUUUAGUAUGUGUUGGUCAUCAAAUUUAUAUUCUAUCAUACCAAUUGAUAACUGAAAUUAAGAUCUAAAUAAGAUAAUUUAGUCUAUCCCAAUAUUAUAUUAACUUUCAAUGUUUGCUUGUUGGAAAGUUGUUAAUAGAGGGAAAGAAAAAGAACACAAGUUAACGAGAUAAUUAAUAAAAAUCAUAAUUAUUUGAUCAAUGUGCUUAUAGUAGACUUAGGUUGUGAUUUUUAAUAUCAUUUUAUUUUUGUAUUAUUUUGUGCUUUUCAAUGUCAAGCACACUCUAGGAUGACUUGGAUCAAGUUGGACGAUCAAAAGUAAUUAGAAAUCAAAGAUGGUUCGUCCAUUAAACGAGGCCUAACGGAGGGGAAAUAUUCAUGAAGUCGUCAUGGAAGCCCAAGAGGAGUCUACUAGAGAAAUUUCACCCCAAGCGUGCAAAGAAACAUGCGGCGGCCAUGUGAUGGUGCCAACCACCGCUGGUCCAAACCCAACAAGUCACUUUGAAAAUCUAUGGGAAGAUUACUUUUGGGACAAACAAGCUGAAUCAGGAGCAAGAUCCAUGGUGGCUCUUAUUGCCUCUCGACCCCCGAAAGCCCAAGCCCAUGGUAGCUCGGAAAAUAUUCCUUUAUUCAUCCCCAUGUCAAGAAAUAAGAGUUUUACUGGUAUCAAGACACUUUUGGCCGAGUUAUAGGAGGAACAAACCUACACAUCCCUCAUUCCCUCGACUACAAAUAAAGAGUUAGUUUAUUGAAUUAAGGAAGGUGCAAACUUUGCUCAAAUCACUGUGUAUAACUCGAGCAAUGAGCCACUUGGCUCGAGCGAGUUCAAAAUAGCAUUCAUAAGAGGGUGCAAGUAAGGAGAUGCCUUCAUCAUCGAUGGUGUGGUGGUACAAUCAUUCUCCCUUAUAUACAAUUUUUUCAAUUUCAUUGUAUGUGAAUUCUAUUGAUACUUUAUGCAUCUUCUUUUUAUGAUUUAAGGAGAUGAUUUGGUGAUUAUUCGUUUAUAUCCUUCGAUACCUAUAUCAAUUGAUGCUUUAGUCAUGUGAUGCUUGUAUGAUUCGACUGCUUUAGUUGUUUGAUUCGUAACCAUGCGAUGCUUAUAUAAUCUAUUAUGUGCUAUUGUACUCCUUAUAAUAUCAUUAUAAGUUGUCAGGAAACUAUUCUUAUGUGAUGUGCCAUUGUCUUAUGCGUGUAUGAAGUGUAAUGUACGAAUUUAAUGCUUGAUACCUUAGAUCAUCAAUGCCACAAACCAUUACUAUGGUUCAUAGAGGCCCUAAAAUAGUUAAUGUUCUAUCCUUAUUUAAUUGAUUAGUCUAAUGACAUGAAGAGAAAUCACACACUAGCUAGUUAUAGGUCAUUUUCUCGGGGGAAAGCUCGAUUAUGAAUCCUUUUUUGGAAGGGGUAGUGUUUCAUGAUAGAAGAUGCAUUGAUGCGUACCAUUAUUGAGAUUAAGAUGUACGAUCAUUUAGGAUGAGCUUUCUUAUCAAUUUCAUAUCCUUUACUUAUCUUGUCAUUUAGUUUAUGUUAUAUCUCGAAAAUCACUAAGCAUAGGGAGUCUCAACCAUCAAUUUAUGUUGUAUCUUUGUUUUAGAAUUAGAUGAUUGGUUGUGAUUAGGGGUGGUAGUCAGCCAAUAACCGGUUUAACCAGUAACUGGUUAGACGGUAAUUGGUAUACCAUUUCGUUCCACACCACCAUCGACUAUCGUAAUCGGUAGGAAAUCGGCUAACCGGUUAACACCCUUUGCAUAUGCAUAUGUCUGCGUGACCACACCCACUUCUUUUCUCUAGUCACCCCUACCAUCCCCUCAUCUCCUUUUCCCUCGAACAAUCAACCUCCACCACAACAUCCAUUGUUCCUCUCCCUCUUUCUGGCGAGAAUAUCCGCCCUCAUCGCGUCCUACUGCAAUGACAUCAUCUGUGGAACUUCUCUCCACAACCAUGAUGAUCAAAUCUAGCGGAAUACAAAAUCGAUCCAUAUGGGGUCCAGGUCGCUGGUAGGUUGAUGAAGGCUGUUGAGGUUGAUCGGGGUAUGGUGCAUGUCACCUGACGAGCUAUGGUGGUUCGAUGGCGGUGGGUGAGGAGAUUGUUGAUUCUGACUUGGAAUGAGGUCACGACUCGCGAUGCGGCGUAGGAGACUCGGUCGGGUCCGUCAUGACUGAGACUCUGCUUGGUUGUUGGGCCGUCACGAGAUCUCAUAAAUCAUCACUUACUUCCGCCACGAUGGCUCCCUCGCCUCUCUCCUCACUUGGGUCGUCAGGUGGGUUUAUCUCUCCCCUACCUCCUCUAGUGUUAGAAUUCGAUUGAAAAUCUAAUAAUUUAGAAACUCAAUCCAAUAUAAUCCGUUUAAUCCAAGGAUUGAAUUGAUUUUUGUGGGUGGACCGUGAAUGCAGAGACUUUUUCAAUCUGCUGGAUUUUCAAUCGACGAGGGAGAUUCGUGGACGCACCAUCUCUGCAGGCGGUCGAACUCACAAGCGGCGAUUGUAUGUUUGGGAGGAGAAGAAGCAGAAUCGACGAUUGAUUGCUUGGGAAGGAAGAGGUGGAGGGAGGUUUGGCAAAAAGAGGAAGAAUGGAUUCAGAGUUUGGCAUUGUGGCAGUAGAUCAGGAGAGGGAGGCGGAUGAGCGAAGGGAACAAAGCGAGGAGGUCAAGAAUAGAGGAGGUGGCGGAUAUACUAUACAUUCGGUUAUUCAGUAUUACCGAUUUACCUCCGGUUACUAACCAGUUGGAAGUCGAUAUACCGACAAAUGGAUUUUCACUACCAUAUAUUGUAACCGCCGGUUAACGGUUUAACUUAUUACCGUCGGUUAUCGGUACGGUAACCGUUUAAAUCUUUAACUGAAAAACCAAGUACCACCCCUAGUUGGGAUUAGUUAUUAUUAGAAUACUUUGUGGAAUACGACCUUAUACGUAUCUAGGAAUUUUAUUAGUUUGAUUUCAUUAAUAGCACUACAUACAUGCACAUCAAUAUCACGAUAUUAUCAUAGUGAUACUAUCUCACACGGUCAUAUUCAUGUCAUAUCAUUAUGAUAAAACUGCACAACACCAUUCUAUCAUUGUCAUAUGAUUAUAGUAAGAUUACCUAAAUCUCUUUGGUAAUCUUUUUGCUAAAAGAAAUUAAAACAGAUAUUAUCUUGUAAAUCUACACUACGAUAAGACUCCAUAAUAAUGAUUGUUAUAAAAUUGUCUAAUUACUAUGGUGAGACUGCCCAACACCAUGAAACACCUCAAGCAUAAAUAAAAAUAAUAAUAGUACAAAAAACAAGUAAGGAAUGUGAUAUCCUACCAUCGAACCGACGCCAUUCCACUUGCAUGCGCCUCUUAUUUUGUUAGGUCUUUUCUUGCAAUCUUAAUUACCUCAUGAUUUGGCACGAUAUGGCGAACCAUUUGCUCUCCCCUUAUUAGUGUGUUUCUUUUAUUUGUUUAUGUGUUUGAUUUUGAUAAUUAUAAAAAAUGUUUAAGUUGGUUGGCUUAUUUUCUUCGUAUAUUGUAUAUGUAGUUGACAUGGCUACAUCUCACCGUCUUUAUUAUUGUCGUGUAUCAUAUGGGACAGGCUAAUCUCAGCAAUUGCUUGCCUGCUCCAUCUCAAAAUUCAAUUAAUUGCUUAAAAAAAAGGAAAACAUGUCAAUUUGAUCGCGGUGGGCAAUAAAUUAUAAAACUUGGGGUAAUCUUUGCUUGCAUUGAAACCCAAAAUAACUUCAGCAGUAUAAGAUCACUACAGGUAGUGAAAUAUAUAUAUAAUACGAUAAAUAAUUAAGUUCAUGUAUAAUGCUUAACCACUAAAAUUUUCACUGGGGUUAAUAACUAAUAAGAUGUGGAAUUUAAUGAAGAUUUAAAUUGGCC